AUGGCCCUUUUACUUGCUGUUCUUCUCGGUGUUUUCGCGGCACUUUCUGCCGUUGUCGUUCCUACGACCGGUCGGUACCAUACCCGCUCAGCUCUCAGCCCAGGGAGCUCCAUUACGGAUUUUCAGAGCGACGACUGGCGACGGGAGGUGAAGAUCCGUGCAAGAAAGUACGGCUUCCAUCUACGAGAUGCCUUUGGUACAUGUAGUGACGGCUUCUCGCGAUUCCCAAUGCAUGAAAAUAUUUAUUUGGUGGAGGUGGAGGUGCAUCUGCCACAGUAG